UUACUCUUUAUUGUGGGCAGUGGAAAUUGAGUGUUAUUUAUCUGGGCAAUUGAUUUGUGUAAUGUCGUUCCCUCUUACAUGUACAAGAAGUGAAAGACGAACAAGCUGUUAGCAAUGGAUCAGUUUGAUGUUGAUUUCUAUCAAUCAGAUUAUGUUAUUGAUGAUACAACUCCAGGAAUAUAUGAUACAGGGACAUUUGUUGAAAACAGUAGGCAAAGUAAAAAUGACUUUUCACAAGCUGGCACAUUUUCCGCUAUAACGCAUCACGCUGGAGUCCCUUAUGAACCUGCCUACAGCCCAUCAUUUCAUUCUGAGCAAAAUCAACAUAAUGAAAGCUUUGAAGAUGAGCCUCCUCUUUUAGAAGAACUGGGUAUAAAUUUUGAUCACAUUUGGCAAAAGACUUUAACUGUUCUGAAUCCAUGGAAACCAGCAGAUGGCAGUAUUCUUAAUGAAACUGACCUGACAGGACCUUUGAUUUUUUGCUUUGCACUGGGAUCAAUGCUCUUACUGGCAGGCAAGAUUCAUUUUGGAUACGUAUACACAAUGAGUAUCCUUGGGUGCCUGGGAAUCCAUGCUUUAUUAAACCUGAUGAGUAUUACAGGGGUUUCAUAUGGAUGUGUUGCCAGUGUCUUGGGUUACUGUCUCCUGCCCAUGGUUAUCCUUUCCUGCUGUGCAGUCUUGUUUUCAUUACAGGGAAUCAUUGGUACAGUCCUGGCAGCUGCCAUAAUUGGAUGGUGCAGUUUCUCAGCAUCAAAAAUGUUCAUCUCUACUCUGGCAAUGGAAGGACAGCAGCUUCUGGUCGCCUACCCCUGUGCUCUCCUCUACGGGCUUUUUGCUCUUUUGGCUGUUUUUUGAUUGGUGUGAUCCAUCAAUUCCUCAGUGUCUUAAUAAAGCAAGGUGCAUGAUGUGCAGUUCUGGGGAAUUCCUGAACCAGCACAAACCUAAGACAAGGUAGCAAGUUCUGCAGUAUAAAGUCAUUGCUUCUUUUGGUCUCUCUUUUCCUCUUUUUUAUUCUUUUUUUACAGAUAAAAAAAUAUGGGAAUAUCAUGAUCAAACACUGCACAAAGUGUCAACAAAACUAACUAAAAAUUGGAAUAAUAGUGAAAUGUUAAAUGUUACUUUUCUUCAUGUCACAUGUUAUGGCUUCACACACCUGAUACAUCCCAUGGGCAUGUGUGAAAGCACAGUUGUGGUGUAUGCCAUUAGAUAUGGCUCAUAAGUCUAAUUCAGUAUUGCUGGAUGAAAAUGUAGUGAGCUGUGCGUCUUUGAGGUCAUCAUGCUCAUUCCCAGACAUUUACCAAUUUGUGAACCCCAAACACUUUUACUACAUCUAGAAUUUUUGUUCCCCACCGCCAGGC